CCACUUGUCUCUGCCACUCACAAAUAAACAUAAUUACUUGCCUUGAGGAACGUUCCAGACCACAUACAGAGGUUUCUCUAGUGAUCUUCGUUCUUCUGUGGAGAUCUUGUUUUUUCAUCUCACUUUUCUUCUAAUUAAGGAACAAGCUUUCCGCAGUUGAAAACCCUAGCUAGCUAGCUUCCACCAAUUUGAAUCACCAAUGGCUCGCUCUUUCUCUAACGUCAAGGUUCUCUCUGCUCUUGUGGCCGACGGAUUCUCCAACACUCUCACCAGGCGUGGGUACGCAGCAGCGACACAAAGCGCAACAAGAGGAGGAGCUGCCUCCAUCAGCAGCAAGAUAGCUCCCAAGUCAGGGGAAGACAAGGUAGGAGGAGGUGCUGAAAAGGUUUCGUGGGUCCCAGACCCUGUCACUGGUUACUACAAACCGGAGAACAUCAAAGAGAUUGAUGUUGCUGAGCUGAGAGCCACGGUUUUGGGCAAAAAAUUCAACCACUAGCUCGCUAGCUAGUUAAUUUCAAUAACCUUUUUGGUCACUUGAAUAUGUUAUAUCAUAUAUGACUCUCUCGAAGUUCACAGAACCUUCGGGGAUUAUUCAGCAUGGGCCAUCUAGCAUAUGGCCAAAUUAAUGUCUACUAGUGUGAUUGGAUCUCAUGUUGAAUACUCAAACUAUGCUUUAGUUGAAUUCUCUUUUGCUGAAUAAUACGAGUAGUUUGAAACUUUCUAUGCAAAUCUCUAUAAAGUAUAAACCCUCCUUUUCUGUUUC